AUGUCAUCCGAGCUCUUUUUCUCCAAGACGCUGUCCGCGAUCCCUUCCGACGAGAAUGCUUCCAUCGUUAUCUUCGACAACUGCCCUUACUCGAGGCAUAUUACGAAGAAAACGCGUGACCCUUUUGGCGCUGCGCGCAGGACGAUCGAAGGGCUCGGAAGAAAUGUGGCGCGUCUGGUAAUUCAGGGAAAAGGGUGCGUCCUGUUAGCUCUGCAUCCUAACUCCUACCCGACAAUACACUCUGGUGCGGCGAGGUACUGCACCGCGCUGGUAGAGGACAAGACGAUCAGCGGGAACGACAGGGACAUUGUCGUCCCCGCGGGGGCGAUUGACUAUGGGAUCGGAACAAAGAACCGACGGUGCACACUCACGUACUUCGGGAACGCGGAUCGUAGUUUGUCCGCCGAAUUCCAGAACAUCCGCUCACGCGUCAAGAGUGCGAUGCUCCGCCUGACCACCUUUCCCGACGCGUGCGUCGUCUCCACCAGUGAGAGGAGAGAGUACGUGCGAGGGAUCUCGGACAGCAAGUUCUGCUUCGCUUUGCCUGGCGACACGAUGGGCGGAGAGAAGCUGGCACUCGCCGUGAUGCAGGGGUGCGUCCCCGUUAUAGAGCACUACAGCUGGAGGCACCAGCCCUUUUUCGACUUCCUGAAUUACUCCCGCUUCGCGGUCCGGAUGCCCAAGGCGUGGGACGCCGAGGAGCUGCUCACCCGGCUGCGAGCAUCGGAUUGGAAGCAGUACCAGCGCAACCUGAGGAUGGCUCGUCACUGGUUUGACUACACGAGGCAUUCCGAGGCAGUGUCCCCGUACACGCUGAUAUGGACACAGGUCAGUGAGAUCUGGGCGUGA